AUGCCUCGACAACACAUUAGCGGCGGCUCCUCGUUUGAGGACCAGAUCGGCUACUGCCGCGCAGUCGUCCUCGAAGACGGCUGGAUCCACGUCUCCGGCACCACGGGAUAUGACUACGCGACGGGAGAAAUCUCGCCCGACGUCGCGCAGCAGGCUGAGCAGACGCUGCGCAACAUUGACAAGGCGCUGCGGGAGGCCGGCUCGAGUAUGGCCGACGCCGUGCGCGUGCGCUACAUCCUGCCGGACCGCGACGACUUCCCCACGACGUGGCCGGUGCUGAAGGCGUGGUUCGGGGACGUGAGGCCCGCGGCGACCAUGAUCCAGGCGGUGCUGAUGAAGGAGGAGAUGAAGAUUGAAAUUGAAGUGACCGCCAGGAAGGGAUCCGGCAAGCAGUGA